UUAAUACGUUGGCGCAAGACUUGAUGUCUUGAUGCGCAUUAGCGUAUUUUCACUAGUUCUUUGUCCAGACUCGAGACUAGUUCAAACAUAACAGAAUCGCUGACCCAAUGCAAUGUCUUCUAAAUUUCUUUGAAUAAUUUACGCCGAAAAAUUAUCAGCUUAUUUGUUUGAUUUUUUUUUUAAUAAUAAAUAACGGCGUAUCGACGUUCAUUCGGUAAUAUUUAUUACUUUUACAAGAUUGCAUGAAUCACUUUGUCGUCUAAAUCGGAUGGUAGAAUUUUGGCGCUAAUUAGUCAAUAGUGACUGGAAUCAAUAAAGAUAAAAAAUAUGAAUAAUUAUAACAGAAUGAUUAGACGACAGACGACUGUAUCGAAAUUACCAUAUCAGGCAGUUCGUUAUCGGAUUCUGAAAGGAACUAUGGAUGUUAAUACAAAGUGUAAAGAAAAACCAGAGGAAGAGACGACAGCUUUACAACUUGCGAUAAAAAAACAAGACUGGAAAUUAAUCGACUACCUUCUACAACAUAACGUUGGCGUUAAUAGUUACACAUCAAAAUGUGAGCCGGCACUUUUUUUGGCUAUUAGAUCUGGCAAUGUGAGUUUAGUUAAGGCUUUAAUUCAUCAUCGCGCUAGGAUAAAUAUGAAGUAUAAUAAUGAUACUCCGCUACACUUGGCUGUUGAUGGAAAUAACUACACAAUUACUGAAUUUCUUAUCAAACGGAGAGCCAAAGUAAAUGCUCUGAAUAAAGAAAAUCAGUCCCCUCUGCAGAUAGCAAUUGAAAAAAAUAACUUAAGUUUAGUAAAACUACUGAUUAGAAAUAACGCUGAUGUUAAUGUAGUUGCAAAAAAUAAUGAAACAGUUCUAAUUUUUACUAUAAAAAAUGGAUACUUUGACUUAUUCAAGAUAUUAUUGGAUGCAGGCGCUGAAGUAAAUCCGGUAAAUUUGCCACCUUUGUUUUUAGCCGUUGAAAAAAAUUGCUACAAAAUGACUGAACGUCUUAUUGAACGAGGAGCUAAUGUAAAUACUAUUUACAACAAUCAAACACCAUUAAUAAUUGCCGUUAAAAAAGAAAAUAUAAAGAUCGUUAAAUUAUUAAUUAGAAAUAAAGCAGACAUUAAUGUUAAAUCAACAACCGCGAAGGCAGCUCUUUUAGCAGCUAUUAGAAAAAGUAAUUUAGUCAUAUUUAAAAUAUUAGUGAACGCAAUCGCUGAUUUAAAUUCACCUGAUUUAUUACCAUUACAUUUGGCUAUUUUACAAGACAACUAUGUGUUCACGGAAUAUUUGAUCAGCUCUGGAGCUAAUGUCAAUUCUCUUGGUAAGAAACGACAAACACCAUUGCACACUGCCGUUUUCAAUGAAAGUAAAAUAAUAAUCAAUUUAUUACUUAAGAAUGAUGCCGAUGUUAACGUCUUUGAUGAUGAUAAUCUGUCACCAUUAAAGAUUGCUGUUAUCAAAGGGAACAAGGAAAUCGUGGAGUUAUUAAUUGACAAAGCCAAAAGUACUGUCAAAGCAAGUUUGAAAUCACUUUUAAAAAUUGCUUGGAACAAUAGUACUUUUAAAAUUUUUGAAUUAUUAUUAAAUGUUGGUCUUGAAGUAUAUCCGUUGGCUGCUGGUAAAAUUGUACCACCACUACAUAUGGCUGUUCUUAAGAAUAAUUUUGAAACUUUUGAUCGUUUGAUUAAUGAUGGGGCUGAUAUCAAUGAUUUAUUUUGGGAAAAAACGCCACUAGACAUCGCUGUUAGAAGAGGGUACAAAGAAAUGACAGCAUUACUUGUUAAAAAUAAAGCAAAUGUUAAUUUAAAAAACGGUAAAAGUAUUCUUGUAGUAGCUGUUAAAAAAGAUAAUUUUGAAUUGAUGCGUAUAUUGGUUGACGCUGGUGCUGAUGUUAAUUCUGGAGCACCAUUAAAUCAAGCAAUUGAAAAUAAUAAUUAUGAAAUAGUGAAAUAUCUUGUUACUAAUGGAGCUAACGUAAAUGCUUCUGGUGAAUGGGGAAUAACACCAUUAGAACAUGCUGUUAAAAGAGGAUACAAAAAAAUCGUUGAAUUGCUUAUUGAAUACAAAGUCGAUGUUAACUACAAAUCUUAUUCCGAAUUUUCAUGCCUAAAUACAGCCAUAGGACAAAAUAAUUUUGAAAUAUUCAAGUUACUUUUGGAUGCUGAUGCUCAUAUUCAUUCACUGCCCGGAGAAAAUGCACCAAUAUAUGUAGCUGUUGAUAAAAAUAAUUAUGAAAUUACCAAACAUUUGAUUAAUUGCGGAGCUGACGUUAAUACUAUUGCUAAUUAUAAAACACUAUUAUAUCGUGCUGUUGAGAAUGAGAAUGAAAGAAUAGUGGAGUUACUGAUUAACAAUAAGGCCGACGUUAAUGAAAUUAUUUUCGGUUCUAUAUUGAAUAUUUUAUCCCCGACAGCUCUUCAUAAAGCUGUUGAAAUCAGUAAUUUAAAUAUAGUAAAAAUACUAGUCAACGCUCCUAGCAUCAAUGUCAAUUUAUCUAUUGGUCGACAAGAUCCACCGUUAUAUAAAGCGAUUUGUAAAAACAAUUACGAAAUAACCAAGUGUUUAAUAGAAAAUGGAGCAAAUAUUAAUUAUAAUUUAUGUCUCAAAACACCAUUAAAUAUUGCCAUUAAUACUGGAAGCAAAGAAAUAGUUCAACUACUGAUAAAUAAUAAGGUAAAUGUUGAGAAUUUAUUGGAUUCACCUUUUCGUGCAGCUAUUGAAAAUAAUGAAUUUGAAAUAUUGGAAAUAUUAAUCCAUGCUUAUAAGACCGAAGUAAAUCCACGGUUUGGCGAGCCACCAUUACAUAUAGCGAUUCGAAAAAAUAACUACAACAUGACUAAGUAUUUGAUUAGUCAAGGAGCGUGUAUCAAUACUUGUUAUAAUAAAACACCAUUACAUAUCGCUGUUGAUUGUCAAAAUAAAGAAAUAGUUCAAUUACUUAUUAAGCAUAAAGCAGAUAUUGAUUUCAUUACUGCAUCUGGAGUAACAGUUCUUGGUAUUGCUGUUGAGAAUGAAAAUUUUGACUUGGUGAAAAUACUAUUGGAUAAUGGUGCUAACACCAAUCUCUCUUCUGACAAAGGUUACUCGCCAUUACAACAUGCGAUCAUCAAAUCUAACUGUCGAAUAGCUCAAUAUCUAAUUAAUCAUGGUGCUAAUAUCAAUGCUCUUUGCCGUAAAUUUUGUCGUCAAGAAUGGACUACAAAGCGUAUUAAUGGAUAUGGUAUAUUUAUUAAUUCUAUCAGUGAUUCUCAAUAUAGUUUAUUGCAGUUUGCCGCUGACUGUAAGAAAACUACAAUGGUAAAAUUAUUGAUUGAUAAUAAGCUUGAUAUGAGUUUGGUUGAGAAGAAUAAUCCACAAUUUAUUUUCGAUAUUAUUAAAUAUCAAAGUCAUAAAAUAUUUGAGUUGAUAUUGUCUACUCGUGUUGAUGUUAAUCGCCGCGAUACUCGUGACUUGGGAUGUAAUGAAACUCUUCUGCACGCUGCUGUGAAAUCAAAAUAUAUGAAUAUCGAAAAAGUAAAAUUAUUGGUAAUGAGCGAAAAUUUUACUAAUAUCAAUGCACUAACAAAGGAUGGUAAAUCUGCCCUUCAUUAUGCUGUAACCGAAGGUCAUACGCCUAUUGUAAAUGUUCUUCUAAAUGCAGAUGUUAAAAUUGAAGUUAAUAUGCGUGGCGACAUGGCAGUUAUUGCUUAUCGCCAUCCUGAAAAUAUCAGACAAAUAAUUUUACAGCAUGUUGUUAAACUAAAAACUGCUAAUUUACAUUUUGGUUAUGAAAAUUUACACGAUCUAAGUGAUGAAAAAUUAAAUGUUCUAUAUGCCAAGUGCUUAAAUGAAAUUGAAAUAAUGAAAAAAACAAAAAUCGUGAAAACUAAUUUAUCAUAUUACGAUGUAAUAACUAAGAGCAAGCAUAAAAUAGCUUUAGGUUUGAGUCGUACUAAUUAUUAUGUUAAAUUUGACAGCGAAAUGUUAUUAUUACAAUUCCCAUCAUAUGGCGGGAUGAUCAGCUACCGCCUAGAUGAAGCACAAAGAAGACGACAAUUUUUAGAAAAAUCUAAUAAGAUUCUCUCUCUUAUUUUUUAUGGUAACUUGUCGUAUGAUAUUAUAGCUCAAAUAAAUUAUUAUUUAACUUCUAGAGAUUUAAAAAUUUUAUCUUUACAUUGUUGAUAAUACUAUUUAAAGAGCUUCCGACAAAAUGUAAAUGAUGUUCCUUUCAUGUCGAUAAUUAUUUUAUUUUUUAAUACUUUCAUAAAAAAUACGGAUAAUAUUAAACUCAUCUCAGAUUUAAAUGUAACAAAUUCAGUUUUAAAAAAAGUGCAGCUCCAUUAUUUUACUAAAAACAAUAUUUUUUUUUUUUUUUAAAUAUAAAACUAUUUUAUAAUCAUUACAAAUUAAGAAUUGCUUAGACAAACCUGAAUAUUAAGUUAAUAAUA